AUGAGCCGACCUUCCAAGCCGACUGCGCCUGCGUCCGCCGCUGCUCACUCGACGACGACCGCUUCGCACCACCACCAGCGCCCCGACCCGUCACGCGCCUCGGCCACGGUGGCGCCCAGUACGAGUUCGUCGUCCGCGUUGGACCGAUCGCAUUCGCCGGACAGGAUGUUGAAUCGACCUGCGACGAGGGGAGGCAAGCAUAUCGAGGACGAGGUCGAGUUGCUCGAACGUGGUGAUCAGUUGAGGUUGCAGAUCGACGAGCAGGCGUGGACGAGGAAGCACGACGACGACGACGACGACGACGACGACGACGACGACGCCGCCGCGGCGUACGCGCGGGGCGACGACCGCGAGCACAAGCCCGAAGGGACACUCAGCAUGAGGGACAGGAAGGCCCUGACCUUGUUGAUUGCGUUGUGUGAGUUUGGGGCCCGUCUCUUCGUGUCGCGGCGACAGCUCGUGUGUCACCUUUGCCCCCUCGCGGAGAACGCGAACGCGUCGCAACGUGUCUCGGCCCGUCACGAGCUCGCAGACCGGCUGACGUGGUCGAAUCCGGAUACCCCCCACCGUGUGGUGUACGGCUCACAGAUCUACUGCAAGGCAUCCCCGUCGGCCUAGCAUUCGGUUCGAUCCCCUUCUUGCUCCGCGCCAAACUGUCGUACUCGCAGAUCGGUCUCUUCACGCUGUGCACGUACCCGUACUCGCUCAAAUUGCUGUGGUCCCCGAUCGUCGACUCGUUCUUCUCCCCCAAGCUCGGUCGUCGCAAGUCGUGGAUCGUCCCCAUUCAGCUCGUCGUCGGAUGCAUGCUCUUUUGGAUGGGUGGGAACGUGCAACAGCUCAUGGAGGUGGUGAGUGGGCCACGUCACUGUGCAGUCCGUGCUUUAACGCGUUGCUGAGCUGACCGUGAAAUGUUCGUCUCCCGUUCUGUUCGUUCGAUGCUAUAGGACGAGCCGAACGUGCAGACUUUAACCGUUCUCUUCUUUACCUUGGUGUUCUUUGCCGCUACUCAAGGUCAGUAGCCUGCGGUUCGAAAGCUCGCUUCAUCUCGCCAGAUUCGCUGAUUUCGCUCGCACAUUCGCAGAUAUUGCUGUCGAUGGUGAGGAAAGAGCUGUAUGCGGAGAACGACAUGACCAUUCAUGUGAACUGAUGUGAUAUUAUGUGUACAGGCUGGGCGCUUACCCUGCUCUCCAAGGACAACCUCUCGUACGCCUCGACGGCGCAGACGAUCGGGCUCAACACGGGCUAUUUCUUGUCCUUUACCGUCUUCCUCGCAUUCAACUCGCUCGAAUUCAGGUGAAUCCAGUAGUACUGAAGAAGCGCGUGUUUUCAUGUGCUUGGUUCUCACUGGAACUCCCGUAUUGCUCUGCUUCCACAGCAACAAGUACUUCCGAUCGCAACCGCUCGAUUAUCCGCUCGUUACGCUCAGCGGGUACCUUAAGUUUUGGGGAUUGGCCUUCAUCAUCGUCACACUCUACUUGGCCUUCUUCCAGUCCGAGGUUCGUUCUCCUCGUCCAGUCUGUGAACCAGUCCCGUCGGCCCCAACUAACCGGACCCUUUUGUCGUGAGCAGGACCCGGUGUCGCAAGAUGAUCCCGAUAUGGACGUCAAAAAGGUCUACUCCAUCAUGUAUGAAAUCUGCAAGCUCAAGCGUGAGUCCAAAAUGGGAUUAAAGUGGGUGUCCGAGAAACCUGAUCGCUCACUCGGUUGCUUUUUUGCAGAUGUUCAAACGUUCGUCAUUGUGCACCUCGUCACCAAGCUCGGCACCGCGACCAACGACGCCGCGACCUCGCUCAAGCUUUUGGAAAAGGGUUUGAAGAAGGAGGAUCUCGCGCUCGCCGUCUUGAUCGACUUUCCCUUCCAAAUCCUGUUUGGUUACCUCGCUGCAAAGUGGUCCAAGGGGGAUAAGCCGCUCAAACCGGUAAGAGCGAGCUGUUUGCACUCGACGGGGUUAGAGCUUAGCGCUGAUCCGAUCAUAUUGGGUGUCCUUUGUGUCUCGUAGUGGUUGAUAGCGAUGUGGACACGUCUUGGAUGGGCGAUCUUGUCGAUGCUGUUGAUCAAGUUCUUCCCGCAAGGCACCAUCUCGACCAGCUACUUUUGGCUCGUCGUCUUUUGCACUGUUGGCUCGGGCUUUUCGAGGUGGGUUCGCGGGCCUGCUGCGUCGGAUCGUAUGCGGCCGUGGCUGAUCACGCACGCUGUCCCAAUUUUUACAGUACCGUCCAAUUCGUGGGCAUCUCGUCGUUCCAUACGCAGAUCGCCGAUCCUCUCAUCGGCGGCACCUAUAUGACCGUGAGUAGUGUAGGCCGUCGAAGCUCCCUCACUAUGUAAAGUAUUGAAGAAGUUGCACCAUCCUCAGCUGCUCAACACGGUCAGCAACCUGGGCGGAACGUGGCCUCGAUACUUUGUGCUCAAGGGUGAGUGAGACGGACGGGGUUGGGGAAGGUCUGAUGAUGCUAAUCGAGAGAGUGGGUGUUCUCUCCCAGGAGUCGAUGCGUUCUCCACGGCGGUCUGUGAGAUCAAGGACACUUCGCUCGAUGUCGUCCUAGCUAGUGAGUCUUUGAACUUUGGACGUAGACAUCUACAGUGAUUGACCCCAAUCCCAUGGCAGGCCAAGAAUGCGUCUCGGACCAUGGCAAAGCGGCGUGUGCUGACCUCGGUGGGAUCUGCCACACCACGCGCGACGGUUAUUACUGGGUCUCGUCGGUGUGCAUCAUCGUCGGGGCCUUUGUCUUGAUCAGCUUCAUUCAACCCGCGUCGAGGAGAUUACAAGGUGAGUUUUAAAGACUCACUUCCUGUCGGCAAGUCACCUUGUUCGCUGAUGCCGUUCACGCUCGCUUUGACAGGUCUGCCGGCUUCGGCAUGGAGGGUCAAGAAGCCGGAAAAGGCUUGA